AUGAAGCUCAUCAAUAAGCAUGUUGAGAAAGACGGUUCGGGCUAUGUCACGCUUCGACCUGAAGACGACGAAGAUAUGUGGCACGUUUACAAUCUCAUCGCUGAAGGGGAUCUGGUACGAGCUUUGGCAGUUAGGAGAGUACAGACAGUUUCGAAUACUGGAAGUUCGGAUUCGUAUAGAGUCAGAGUAAACCUCACUUUGUCUGUGACCAAGACUACUUUCUCCCCUGCCGCAAGCAGCUCAACCACAGCUCAGGGAGAGAAGAAAGAACCUACUGCGAGUUUACAGAUUUCUGGGAGGGUGGUGAACGAGAAUGAGUUCGUGCGAUUGGGAGCUUUUCAUACUUUGGACCUCGAACCGAACAGAGAUUUUCGUCUGGAAAAAGCACAUGGGUGGGAUAGUGUGGCGUUAGAACGGGUUGAGGAAGCCGUCAAGGAGGGUAGAGGGGCAGAAAUAGGGGCAAUCGUAUGUGGAGAAGGGACCGCGGCAAUCUGUCUGUUGUCUGAGCAUAUGACAACUAUACGUCAACGCAUUGAGGUUUCCGUUCCUCGGAAGAGAAAAGGUGGAACAUCGGGACAUGACAAGGCAAUGGAAAAUUUCUACUCCGCAGUCUACCAAGCCGUCUUGCGAUUGAUACCCUAUCAAACUCUCAAAGCCAUUGUUAUAGCUUCUCCUGGCUUCACUAGAGAAUCUCUCUACGACUACAUCUUCCAGCAAGCAACACUCACGUCCAACAAGCCACUGUUGGCUUCGAGAAGUAAAUGGAUCAAGGUGCAUAGCAAUACGCCACAUGUUCACAGUCUUGUGGAAGCUAUGCGUGCUCCGGAGGUGGCCAAGAUGUUACAAGGGGCCAAAUUUGCUCGUGAAGGAGUUGGGUUGGACAAAUUCCACAAGAUGCUAGCAAAUGACGAGCUGCGAGCUUGGUACGGACCAGAACAUGUUGCCCUUGCAGUUGAACGAGGUGCUGUUGGGACAUUGUUGAUAUCAGACGACUUAUUCCGGUCAUCUGAUCCAGUCACGCGAAAUAAAUACGUCGACAUGGUGGAAGCUGUCCGAAGUCGCGGUGGUGAAGCCCUCAUCUUCUCGUCAAUGCAUGAGUCUGGUCAACAGCUCAACCUGUUGACUGGAAUCGCGGCAAUCCUGACGUAUCCUCUGGACGUCGAGAUGGUCGAACAGGAAGAACGAGAAGAGAAGGAGAGGUUGGCUAGGGAGAAGGGAGAAUUAGAUAAGGAGAAUGCAGAUGGUGAAGGUGAUAAUAAUGAUGACGGAGAUCAAGGGAAUGCAUGA